GGAGCUGCCGGCCACGCGUGAGGGAGGUCGCGGGUCGGCGCCGGGAGAGGGGAGCCGGGCUGUGAGCCGGAGACCAGAUGCGGCGCCCGAAGCGGGAGGGAGCCUGGACUCGAACCGUGAGGAGGUCGUUGUAAAGCCAGGUGUCAAUAUGACGGAGCGCUUUGACUGCCACCACUGCAGUGAGUCACUGUAUGGCAAGAAGUACAUCCUGAAGGAGGAGAACCCCCACUGUGUGACCUGCUUUGAAGAGCUGUACGCCAACACAUGCGAGGAGUGUGGCACGACCAUUGGCUGUGACUGCAAGGAUUUGUCCUACAAGGACAGGCACUGGCACGAGGGAUGCUUCCAUUGCUCUCAGUGCAAGAGCUCAUUAGUGGACAAGCCCUUUGCCGCCAAGGAGGAGCAGCUGCUCUGCACGGACUGCUAUUCCAACGAGUACUCGUCCAAGUGCCAGGAAUGCAAGAAGACCAUCAUGCCAGGUACCCGCAAAAUGGAGUACAAGGGCAGCAGCUGGCAUGAGACCUGCUUCAUCUGCCAGCGCUGCCAGCAGCCCAUUGGAACGAAGAGUUUCAUCCCUAAAGACAAUCAGAACUUCUGUGUGCCCUGCUAUGAGAAGCAGUAUGCACUGCAGUGUGUGCAGUGCAAAAAGCCCAUCACCACGGGAGGUGUCACUUACCGUGAGCAGCCCUGGCACAGGGAGUGCUUCGUGUGCACUGCCUGCAAGAAGCAGCUGUCAGGGCAGCGGUUCACUGCGCGGGAUGAGUUUGCCUAUUGCCUGACCUGCUUCUGUGACUUGUAUGCCAAGAAAUGUGCUGGGUGCACCAAUCCCAUCAGCGGACUCGGUGGCACAAAGUACAUCUCUUUUGAGGAACGACAGUGGCACAACGACUGCUUUAACUGCAAGAAGUGCUCCCUGUCCCUGGUAGGGCGGGGCUUCCUCACUGAAAGGGAUGACAUCCUCUGCCCUGAUUGUGGGAAGGACAUCUGAAGGCAGUGCAGAAUCCACGGCUGUGGCCUUGCACAGAUUUAAUUGUUUUCUUUCUCAGCCAGGCAAUUACUGUGUUCUGGUUCCCACCAGCCACCUGAGGCUUUCCUCUCACUGCCCAGUAGUCUUCAUAUUUGUUGCAACCCUUUAGUCUUCUGUUAGCAGUCCAGUCCCAGGGACAGGGAAAUCUUUUAUGUAAACCCUGGGAGGGAAGAUGGUUUGGAAGUUUUAUAGUCACACAGGCAGAUCCAAGUGGGAAAGUCCCUUUGAAUGAUGUCUUUAUAAAUGCAUCCUUUCACUGCCUAUUUAAUUUUUAAGUGCAAUUAAUAUUUGUCACGAACUUGAAAGUUUUCCAAGAAAAAUUGGUAUAUGUAGCUCUGUUAAUUUCCUUUCUUAUGUAAAGCCUAGAAUAAGAUUAUGCAACUUACAAUAAAGUUAUUCAGGACACAA